GGGAUCUGGAUAACGUCGAAGUGUAUGGCGACGAUGUAGUCGUAUACAGCCAGACAGAAACAGAUCAUGUCAAGCAUGUGGAAGCGGUCCUAAAGCGAAUUGAAGAAUUCGGACUUCGAAUUAAUAAGGACAAGUCACAGAUGGCGAAAAGUAGCAUCACGUUGUUGGGGCAUAAAGUGGGAAAUGGAGAAAUAAAACCGCUGCCGGAGAAAAUUCUGACUAUAAAGAACGUUGCAGUACCGAAUUCGAAAAGGAAAUUGAGACAGUUCCUGGGAAGGGCGGCGUUCUACAGUCGGUUCAUCAAGAAUUUCAACGAAAUAGCAGCACCCCUUUAUAAGUUGUUGAGUAACACUAAAUUUUCGUGGACUGAAACCGCCCAACAAACGUUUAAUCAAAUCAAAAACAUGCUGGACGACCGCCAGAUGACGCUCAGACUGCCCGAACUGGAGAAACCGUUUACAGUGACAACAGACGCAAGUGACCAUGGUAUAGGUGCCGUUUUAAGUCAGUCUGAUAGAGUAGUGGAAUACGCAAGUCGCGUUCUCACGCCUGCCGAACAGGAGUAUUCAACGAUCGAAAAGGAGUGUUUAGCGAUUGUGUGGGCAGUAGACAAGUGGAGACCAUAUCUGUUAGGUAAACGAUUUCACAUCGAGACUGACCAUAAACCUCUGCAGUGGCUACAAACAGCACGAGACCCACGUGGGAAGUUGGCGCGAUGGAUGAUACGUCUGCAGGAGUAUGACUUCAGUAUCGGGCAUGUUCCAGGGAAGGAAAAUGUGAUGGCGGACUAUCUGUCAAGAACAGACAUGGAAGCCGAGCUUCCAUUGACAGCAUACGCAGUGAACAGUAUAGAGGGAGACCCACUAGAACUCGUCCGGCAGCAGAAAUCUGAUCCUAAACUGCGAGAGGUAAUCAGAGUGAUAAGAGAGGGGGCAGAUUUUGACAAACGAGCAAUGGACAAGGAGGCAAUAAUGUUGCUUUGGCAAAAGGAAAGACUGAAAGUGAACACAUAUGGAGCUCUGGUCUGGCAGGAUGAUGACAAAAAUUGGGUGGCUGUGAUCUCGAAAGACUGGCGGCGUAAGAUGAUACACGAAUGCCAUCAGGUAGCGCACACUGGUAUCGCAAGAACGACAGAUUUACUACGGCAAAGUGCAUACUGGCCAGGCAUGAGAUACGAUGUGGCCCAAUAUGUGUUGACGUGCCAGCAGUGCCAAUUAAUGAAAAGCGAUAGAUACAUGCAACCGCCAUUGCAGUCGGUCCCAGUAACCGCAGUUGGUGAUCUAUGGUCGGUAGAUGUGAUGGGACCAUUUCCACAGACGGAUAGCGGCAACCGAUACUUACUAGUUAUGACGGAACAUGCUACACGAUGGGUCGACGCUGUACCGAUUGCCGACCAGCGGGCGAAAACAGUGACCGAAGUAAUAAUCCGGCACAUUGUAGCAGGUCAUGGAGUACCGAAGAUGAUACUAACCGACCAGGGUCCCUGUUUUGAAAGUGACGAGUUUAAGGCCCGUUUGAAGCAGUUCGGUAUCAAGAGGAUACGAACUACACCGUAUCACCCUCAGACGAAUGGGCUUACGGAAAGAAACAACCGGACAUUAAAGGAAUGGUUAGCAUCUAAAGGAGGGAAUUGGGAGAAAGAGUUACCACUAAUUUUGCUGGCGCAUCGUGCCUCCAUCCAAGGAACAACUAAGAAAUCACCUUUCCUACUUAUGUAUGGUAGACAGCCACGACUUCCGAUGCAUAAUAUGACGUGGCCACAGCAGCAGAAGUGGACGGCAACAAGAUUAAGGAAAGAGAGGACGGAGGCAAUAAAGAACGUGAAAAAGAAACAAAUAUCAGACACCAAGAAGGUGGAACAGCAGAGAAGAGCAUGGAAGCCUUUUAGAGUGGGGGACCUGGUAAAGUGUAGAGAACGGAGAGCGAACACUGAAGGGGGACCAGGGUCAGGAAAGCUGACCCCGAAAUGGGAGGGACCGUACAUUAUCACGGAGAGACGCGGCCCAGUUUACACGAUCCGGAGAGAAGACAAGCAGAAGCGUGUAAAUGCCAGUCAACUACAGAGAUGGUUUCAGGAACAUCAUGAGCACGAGUCACGAACAGCACCAAAGGAGACAAUGGUACGGCGAUCAGAAAGAUUGCGAGAACAGCUUAUUAAAAGGGGGGACGAGUGUGGUGUGAGCUACUGAUAUCGAUAUAAGUAGUAUAUAUGGUGAGUAAGGAAUAGAAUAUCUGACAGCAGAAGAUUGAGAAGAUC